UUGAUUAUUCAAUUGCGCGGAUUGCAUAAUCAAAUCGAUUAUGAUUACGUAAUUGAUUUGGUUACACAAUCCAUGCAAUUGCAUAAUCAAAUCAAUUACCUAAUCGAUUUGAUUACGCAAUUGCGGUGAUGGCGACGGUGGCAACGACGGAGGCAAAGGUGGUGGUGGAGGCGGAGGUGGUGGCGGAGGCGGAGAUGGUGGCGGAGGCAAUGGCGAGGGUGGAGGCGGCAGUGGCAGAGGCGACGACGGUGGUGAUGGUGAUGGUGGUGGCGAUGCAGUGGGUGAUCCAGAGUGCGAACACUAGGGUAGGUCCAGGUGCAGACAUGGCGUCCUGUUUACCAGUGUUGGGUGCCAGCUUGGUUCGCCUGCAAGGCUGGAGCAUCAAGCGCCGUCUCCUCAGAUUGGGGCUUGUUUCUGUGUAUGUGCAAAUUGCCGAGGACACGGUCAUGCAUGUCUGGGUCCCGGAGAAGUGGGCAAAGGUACACAAGCAUCGCCUUUUAAAAAAGCACUCAUCGCUUCGCUCAUCUCUAUCGCGGUUGUCAAGCUCCUUCAGUCGCUCGACGAACAGUACAGGAUACGCGCCGUCCACAACUUCUGGUUAUUGUCGGACAGACACGGACACGGAUUUCUCAUGGCAGAUGUCGAGCAACGCUGCGUACAGUGGGAGUUUGUCAUCCUUUGGUGGCUACAACAGCGCACAAAGAAACCGUUUUUUUGGUUGCGGAGGAGGUGGCGUAGAUCUCGAACGAGGAUCAGGAUGGGUGUGGAAGGGAGAAUGGGUUGAUGACGAGGAGGAGGAGGAGGAGUGUGCUUCAGGUGGUAGGUUGGGAGUUGCCCACAUAGAGUUCCCGGAAGAUGACCUGUGGGCCAAUCUGUCAGGUCAGUGGCAAGAUGGUGGGGAUCUCUCACAGAGAGGAGGAAAUGGUGAGGCAGGGCCUAAGGAGGUGUUGCUGCUAUUGCAUUCCUUUGGCCCUGGUGCUAUUUGGCAUUGGGUUGGCCAAGUCACAAGCUGGAGCCGAGUAUUCGAUCUUAUGAUGCCAGAUUUAGUGUUCUUUGGGAAGAGCAAAAGCACAAGCAAAGAGCGGUCAGAAAUGUGGCAAGCGUCGUGUGUUGAGUCGCUAUUGGCAUUCUUCGAGAUUUCGUCAUGCCACCUAGUUGGUGCUUCCUACGGGGGAUUCAUUGCGUACAGGUUGGCUCAGUUCUACCCUCAAAGAAUUCGGAAGGUGGUGCUGUCCAGCUGUCCUGGAGUCGUCGUCACUCGCGCUGACAUCAAUGAGAUUCUUGAAGACCUGAGGGUUGAUAGUUGGGUUGACCUCCUUCUCCCGACAACGUCAAGAGAUAUGAAGAUUGGCAUGGCAGCGGCAUUUCACAACCCACCAUCUGUUCCUCCAUGGAUUCUUCACGGUGCAAGAAAGUGCACGUCAGCAGUGUCACGUCACAGUGCCAGAUCAGCAGUGCCACGUCACAGUGCCAAGUGCCACGUCAGCAGUGCCACGUCACAGUGCCAGAUCAGCAGUGCCACGUCAGCAGUGCCAGGUCACAUUGCCACGACAGCAGUGCCACGUCAGACACAGUGCCACGUCAGCAGUGACGUCCGACACAGUGCCACGUCAGCAGUGCCACGUCAGCAGUACCAUGCCAGACACAGUGCCAUGUCAGCAAUGUCACAUCAGCAGUGCCACCGGCAUGAAGCCAACAGCAUCGACAGACUCAAGUACUGGCAUUUUGAACCGAACGGCGACGAGGCAACACCGGAAGAGAAGCACAAGGAGUUCCUCUCCAAACUCGUGACGCGGUUGUUGUAUGCCUGCAACUACCAACGGUCAGAGUUGGAGAGACAGUACCGGGACCUGACGCAACAGCAUCAGGAGUUCGCGACGCUCCGCCGCACAGUGCAGGGCCACGAGGAUGCAACUCGGGCACUCAAUGCCCGAUUGUUGGACCUAGAACAGGCUGUACCAGGACCAGCUGUUGGGGCUUCCAGCAGUGCACCCUCGAGCCGCCAACUGGAGGACCGCGUUGACCACGUAGUGGCAAUGCUCGGCGACAUCAGCACUUUCGCUGCGCCGACCACCACCAUCAGCAGUCAGCUGCAUACAUUGAAGACCGAGGUCCAGCAGCUGCAGACGACGAAUGCAAAUGGCAAUCCGAAGAUGUAUAAGAUGCCAACGUUCACUCUGGAGAAGUUCGCCGACUACACGCAGCAGUAUCCGGUCCUCUGGUGGGAAGCAUUCACAACGCAACUCAAGAUUCUGCCCGUAGACAAGCAUGCGUACAUCGGCGCCCUGUUCCUGAACUCAAAGGGCGGAUGCCAGACCUGGUUGACCCACCUGGCAACCUCCCACGGCGUCGACGUACCAGACUUGAAGGACGUAAUCACAUGGGAGGAACUGACACGGCUGUGGAAGAAGCGGUUCAUCGUCGACGAUGCGCCAACACUCGCCAUCAACCGACUGUUCACCAUGUCACAGGGCAACACAACAACACGGGACUGGCUCACGGAGUGGCAGAAGAUUGCGGCUGUGCCCAAUCUGAACUUACCAUUCGAGCAUCUACGCCGUGAGUUCUACAACAGGUCCUGUGCUGCAUUGAGCCAGGCUGUUGGUGAUCACGAGCAGUACUCAACCUUUGCUGAGAUUAUUGACAAAGCAAGGGAGAUCAUCAAGACCAACAAGGCAGCUGCACACGAGAAAUCAACAUCAUGGCAGCCGACCUAUGUGGAGAAGGUACGAACUGGUCCGCGACAGCAGCACUUCGCUGCAGUCCAGCAGGACAGUGGAGAUAACCCAGCAGCCACUCCARCAUCAAGUGACGGAGAUCAGGUGGCUGCUGUCCAGCCGCGAAGCACCAACAAGUCCCACAACAAUGGGAAGGCGAAAUCCGCAUCGCAGGCCGGAAAUGGACAGCUAGGACAGUUUCCAUGGGUCAAGUUUGGCUUGACCGAGGCGGAGUGCAGCGCCAACCAAGAAGAUGAAGAUGCAGUCCACCAUAGCCAGGUAAUGUUCAAGGGCUGCGUCCAGGAGAAGAGGGAACUAAUAGAUCACCUGCUGAAUUACGUUGAUAAUCCUGAGAAACCUCUGCCGAAGCUACCAAAGGUGGAGGAAGUGAUGGUUGUGUGGGGUGAGAAUGAUCGUGCUUUCCCUCUGAAGCUUGGCGAGCGCUUAGUCAAGCAUCUGGGCAAUUCUGCAGAGCUGUACGUUAUAGAAGCAUCAGGUCAUCAACCAUGGAUCGAGAGGGCUGAUGUGUACAAUCAGGUUGUAUUGGAGUUUCUCAUGGGACAUGAAGAAUCACCAGGGGGCAAGCAAGACGAGCCUCAGCCUCGCCACAAGAAACGUACAUCGUUGAAAUCCCGAUUUGCCGGCAUACAGAAGCGCCUGUCCUUUCAUUCUCGUUCGGCAAAAUAAUUGGCGCACGGGACUCUCUCCCAAGCACGAAGUCCAAGAAAG